AGCAUGCGUGAAUUUGCCGCCCAGCACUUUAUUUUUGCCCUUCCCGCUGAUGCUCUAUAAAUAACAACAUUUUAUGUGCGCGAGGGUUUUCAACAACAGCGGGUGGUGGUGCCGGUCCGCUAUAUCCAGAGCGGCUGCUUACACUCUUCCACCGUCUCCUCCUCCUCCUUCUGCCCUAACUGCGGCUGCGGCGGCGUCGCGGCUGAUACUUACGACUCCACAGCUCCGGCGGUGUUCCCUCAUGGGUUCGGCGGGGGUGGAAUGGCCGGCGAACAGGGUCAGGGAUACCUACAUCAGUUUCUUCGAAGGGAAGCAGCACGUGAACUGGAAAUCGAGCCCCGUCGUUCCUCACAAUGACCCCACGCUUCUCUUUGCCAACGCUGGUAUGAAUCAGUUCAAGCCUAUCUUCUUAGGGGCUGUUGAUCCAAACAACCCCAUGGGCAAGCUCACUCGUGCUUGCAACACCCAAAAGUGCAUCAGAGCUGGGGGGAAACACAAUGAUCUUGAUGAUGUUGGAAAAGACACCUACCAUCACACAUUCUUUGAGAUGCUGGGAAAUUGGUCGUUUGGGGAUUAUUUUAAAAAAGAAGCAAUUGAAUGGGCUUGGGAGCUUCUCACCAAGGUGUAUGGACUACCUACUGAUCGCAUAUAUGCAACCUAUUUUGGUGGUGAUGAGAAGUCUGGCCUUGUUGCUGAUAAUGAAGCUAGGGAUAUAUGGCUCAAAUUUCUGCCACCGGGACGAGUAUUGCCUUUUGGUUGUAAGGACAACUUUUGGGAGAUGGGUGAUACUGGUCCUUGUGGACCCUGCACUGAAAUACAUUUUGAUAGAAUUGGGAAUCGUGACGUUGCAUCUUUGGUUAACAAUGACGAUCCUACGUGCAUUGAAAUAUGGAACCUCGUGUUUAUUCAGUUUAAUAGGGAAGGAGACGGUUCACUAAAACCUCUUCCUGCCAAACACGUUGAUACUGGAAUGGGGUUUGAAAGAUUAACUUCCAUUCUCCAGAAUAAGAUGAGCAAUUAUGAUACAGAUGUGUUCAUGCCCAUCUUUGAUGCCAUCCAACAAGCAACCGGAGCUCGACCGUAUUCUGGCAAAGUUGGACCAGAUGACGUAGACAAAGUUGACAUGGCAUACAGGGUUGUUGCCGACCACAUUAGAACUCUUUCAUUUGCCAUUGCUGAUGGUUCUUGUCCAGGCAAUGAGGGGCGUGAAUAUGUCCUCAGGCGUAUUCUUCGGCGAGCUGUACGUUAUGGAACUGAAGUCCUAAAGGCUCAACCUGGAUUCUUCAACGGGCUUGUAAAGGUUUUGGUGGAAGUCAUGGGUGAUGUAUUCCCGGAGCUGAGACAACAUGAAGUGCAUAUCAGGGACAUUAUUGCAGAUGAAGAAGCAAGUUUUGGCAAGACAUUGCUUAACGGAAUUGAGAAAUUCAAGCGCGCUGCUCAAGAUGUUCAAGGGAAGAUAUUAAGUGGCCAGGAUGCUUUUGUCCUGUGGGACACAUAUGGCUUCCCAUUAGAUCUGACUCAGUUGAUGGCAGAAGAGAGAGGCUUGGUAGUUGACAUUGAGGGUUUUGACAUUGCUAUGAAUGAAGCUAGGGAAAGAUCAAGGAAUGCUCAGAAUAAGCAAGCUGGUGGUACUAUUCUCCUGGAUGCCGAUGCUACCUCGGCAUUACACAAAAGAGAGAUUUUGGCAACAAACGACAGCUUCAAGUUUACGUUGUUUCAGGAUCAUGAAAGUGUGAUAAAAGCUAUUUACACAGGAAGGGAAUUCUUGGAAAGUGUUGUUGGUCGUGAUGAAAUUGGUGUUAUUUUGGAAACUACUAGCUUUUAUGCUGAGCAAGGUGGUCAGAUUUUUGAUACUGGAUCAAUUGAAGGCCCGUUUGGAUCAUUUCAAGUUAGCGAUGUACAAAGUUAUGGAGGCUUUGUUGUUCACAUUGGUUCUUUUGCUUGGGAAACAGGGAAGUUCUCUGUGGGUGAUAAAGUGAUAUGUAAGGUUGAUUAUAAUAGACGUAAGCUUGUUGCUCCUAACCAUACCUGUACGCACAUGUUGAAUUUUGCACUCAGGGAAGUACUUGGAAACCAUGUUGACCAGAAGGGAUCUAUUGUUCUUCCUGAGAAAUUGAGAUUUGAUUUUUCUCAUGGCAAGCCUGUGAAACCUGAUGAGUUGAGAAAAAUUGAGUCGAUUGUGAAUGAGCAAAUCGAGGCUGAACUGGACGUAUUUGCAAAGGAGGCCACGCUGACUGAUGCUAAGCGUAUUAAUGGUUUACGAGCUGUAUUUGGAGAAGUCUAUCCAGACCCAGUGAGGGUUGUGUCAAUUGGGCGAAAAGUGGAAGAUCUUCUUGCUGAUCCAGAAAAUGAAGAGUGGUUAUCAGUUUCCGCUGAGCUUUGUGGAGGGACCCAUAUUUCAAAUACACGAGAGGCUAAGGCGUUUGCUCUUUUGUCGGAAGAGGGAAUUGCGAAAGGAAUUCGUAGAGUAACUGCUGUUACAACAGAUUUUGCUUUUAGGGCCAUGGAACUGGCAUCAUCACUUGAGCAGGAUGUAAAUGAGACCUCAAAAGCAGAGGGAAUCCUACUGGAACAGAAAGUGAGUUCUUUGAAUGGUCGCGUGGAAUCUGCAGCUAUUCCAUCAGCCAAGAAAGCCGAUCUUAAGGACAAAAUAUCAGUGCUUCAGAAACAAGUGAUAAAAGCAAAAAAGGAGAUUGAGGAGGAGAAUAAGCAGAAAGCUGUUCAGGCUGCAAUUGAGACAGCAGAAAUUACUGCUCGCGAUGGGAAACCUUUCUGUAUAUUACGCGUUGAUGUUGGCCCAGACACUAAUGCAAUUCGUGAAGCAGUUGUCAAAGUCAAGGAUGAGAAGGGGAUCCCAGUCAUGGUUUUCAGCAUUGAUGAAACUGCAAACAAAGCUUUGGUCUGCGCAGGGGUACCGGAGAAAUGUAAACAAAUCAAGGUAUUGGAGUGGCUGGUGGAAGCUUUAAAGCCUCUAAAAGGAAAGGGUGGAGGAGGAAAAGGCGGUGUUGCUCAAGGCCAGGGAACCGAUACAUCGAACUUGGACAAUGCGAUGGAGGUGGCGAAAUCGUUCGCGGCCAUGAAAUUGAGCUCUGACAAAAAAUAGCUUUAAGUAUUUUCUAGUGUACUCUGGCGGAAGCAUGGCGUGGAAUGGUUGACUACAUUCCCAACAGUUGAUUAGUCUAACGAAAUAUAUCAAAGGAAACACUAUAGAAAGUCCAUUUGAUGGGAUAAAAAUACUUCCUUCUUUAUUAGCCACACGACAUUGUACUACGAAAUUGAAGCGGUUAAAGUUGAUUUUAUUUUUUUGUGCUAA